AUGUCGUUGCCCUUCAGCAGUCCGCCAUCCACGGCAAAGACCCCCCUCACGCCAUUCAAAGUCGCCGUUCCGCAAGUAAAGCUGACCGAGCUCGAAACGCUCUUAAAGCUAGCCAAGUUCGCCCCGCAUACAUACGAGAACUCCCAAACAAACCGUCGCUAUGGCGUUGGUACUGAUUGGCUGGUGACCAUGCGGGAUCUGUGGCUGCGGUCUUAUAGCUGGAGAGCUACUGAGGAUCGGAUGAAUAGCUUUCCUCAUUUUACUACUGAUGUGGAUGGGGUCAAUAUUCAUUUUGUAGGUCUUUUUUCGCAGAAGGCGGAUGCCGUUCCUGUUCUGUUGAUUCAUGGGUGGCCUGGAAGCUUCUUGGAGUUUUUGCCUAUUUUGCAGAAGUUCAAGGAGGAAUAUACCCCAGAAACCCUCCCUUUUCACUUGAUUGUACCAUCGUUGCCUGGCUACGCCUUUUCUUCUGGUCCCCCAUUGGAGAGGGACUUUGGCACGGGUGAUGUUGCUGCUAUCUUAGAUCAAUUGAUGAAAGAUCUUGGAUUUGGGAGCGGCUAUGUAGCCCAGGGUGGUGAUAUUGGCAGUCGCAUUGCCAGGCAUCUGGGUGUGGACCAUGAAAGCUGCAAAGCUGUACAUGUCAACGUGGUUUUCAUGAGACGCCCAGACAAUAUGACAGACGACAAUCUCAAUGCCUUUGAAAUACAAGGCAUAGAGCAUUUUCAGAAAUUCGGAGCGUUUGGCAGUGGGUAUGCGAUGGAACAUGGUACUCGGCCCAGCACCAUUGGCCAUGUUGUAUCCUCGAGCCCCAUCGCCCUUCUUGCAUGGGUUGGCGAGAAAUUCCUGGAAUGGGUCGAUGAUCCGCUCGCCUCGGACGACAUCUUGGAGUCCGUCACGCUGUAUUGGCUGACAGAGACGUUCCCUCGGGCUAUUUAUACCUAUCGCCAGAACUAUCCGCCUCCACCUAUUCCGGCGUCUAAUGACCCCCGCUGGUAUAUCCAUAAACCGUUUGGGUAUUCUUCUUUCCCCAUGGAGAUUGCUCGGCUACCACGCUCUUGGAUCGAGACAACCGGUGAUUUGGUUUUCUAUGAACAGCACCAAAAGGGUGGCCACUUCGCGGCGCUAGAGAGACCAGAAGAGCUCAAGACAGAUAUAUCCAAGUUCAUUGAGCAGGUAUGGCCAGGCAUUGUUGGUGCCAAAUGA